UUUGAAAUUUUUUUUGUCGGUGUCGGUAAAAAAAUUUCAUUUAUUGUGAAUUAAUUACCAGAAAAUGGUAAUUUAAAUACUUUAAUUCGUAUUUAAGAUGAAUUCUAAUUAGUUCCGAGUGUUCAAUAAACAAUCAUUCACCUAUACAAACUUCUCUAAACGUAUGUUCCACUAGUGACGUGUUUUUUCGAUAAGGAAAAAAAUGGAUAAAGUAAUCAUCUCUAAGUUUAUUUUAUUACUAUGUACGGUAUACGUGAAUUGCGCCACCGUUAGCAUCUCGCCGAAUUUGAAGAUAAUCAACGUCGACCGUCUGAUCGAUAUAUCAUCUCAAAUAGUCAAAGUAACCAAUAAGAUAUCGUUCGAGAAUGCCGGUAGAGAACCAGUACCUCACUUCGUGUUCACCGUUGAUCCUCAAUCUGUCGAUAAACUGGCCAUCAUCAAAGCUCGAGUAUCCGAUCUAGAUGUUCCUCUGAGCGUCGCCGAAGUUACCAUCGAUAAGAAGAAGUGCUGGUUGAUUAAAUUCGAGAACCCGAUUGACGAAGGUAAACGAGCUGUCGUGGACGUUUACUAUUCCUUAAUCGAUUACCUGCAACCGUACCCUACGCAGAUCACUCAGAGGCAAAAACAGUUCAUCAAGUUUAUCGGAAACUGUUACAUUUACUCGCCUUAUCCGGUCUCCAAAGUUACUACGAGUAUCGCUUUAGGUUCCAAGAAUAUCGAAAGUUUCACCAGAUUUGAACCAUCUUCGUAUUCCGAUUCUCAUAUCUUAUACGGUCCGUACAAAGAUCUGGCACCUUAUUCGGUCAACGAAGUUGUUAUUCAUUAUGAAAAUAACUCGCCGUUCUUGAUCGCUUCGAAAUUGGAACGUAAAAUUGAAAUAUCUCAUUGGGGUAAUAUCGCCGUCGAAGAAGAAAUCACCUUGGAGCAUACUGGAGCUAAAUUAAAGGGACCUUUUUCACGAUACGAUUAUCAGCGCGAACCUGACAGUGGAAUGUCCAGUGUUAAAUCGUUCAAAACUACUUUACCUGGUACCGCUCAAGAUAUUUACUACAGAGACGAAAUCGGUAACAUUUCAACAUCGCAUUUAUACAGUUUGGAGAAUUCAGUCGAAGUAGAGCUACGUCCCAGGUUCCCCUUAUUCGGAGGAUGGAACACUCAGUACAUUUUAGGCUACAAUAUACCAUCGUUUACGUAUUUGUACACGAAAGGCGAUAAUUUCCUGCUUAAAAUGCCUUUAAUCGAUCACAUAUUCGAUAACAUGGUGGUAAAAGAAGCUCGUAUCGAGAUCAUUUUACCGGAAGGAUCACACAACAUCGAAUUGAGCUUACCAUAUCCGGCCGAACGUUUAGCUGACACACUCCAUCAUACGUAUCUCGAUACCAUUGGUCGACCUGUGAUAACGAUUAAAAAAACCAACUUGGUCGAAGAUCACAUCGAACCGUUCGAAUUACGUUACGUGUUCCCUAAAAUGUUCAUGCUUCUGGAACCUUUACUAAUAAUCGGAUUUUUACUUAUUUUAUUCGUUACCGUUAUCAUCUACGUUAGGUUAGAUUUCUCGCUAUCCAAAGACGAAAUGGCCGAACAAAGAUUACGAAUUUCAGGCCUAUGUGGUAAAUUCGUAGGCUACCAAGACCGAGUCAUGAAGUUAUUCCUCAGUUUCGACGAUAAACUCAACGCUGCUAAAUACAGUCCUGAUCUCAACUCGUUCAACGCCGCUGUCAAAUACUUCAAUAACGAAUACAAAACGUUAUCUACUCAGAUCUCCGAAAUAUCCUCCAAGUUGAAGAACGAAUCGCCCGAAAACGUUGAAAAAAUCAACGAUAUCCAGAAACUAGAUAAACAACUGAAAGAAUUAUACCAUCAGCAACAAACCUUAUACAUCGAGAAGCUCAUCCCGAGGAAAAUCAAUAAAUCUGGUUUCUUAGACGCUGAGAAUAAUUUCAUCAAGAAAAAAGACGAAUUAGUUGGCAAAAUUAACAAACUGAUUAAAAGCUUGGAAUAAGCGAGACUUGAGUUUUGGCAGAUAUAAUUAUACUGUGUAAUGGAAUACUUAAAAGGCUGUUUUUUUUUGAGAAAGCUGCAAUCGUUAUGGCGUGUAAAUUACUGAAGCGUUUUUCGUGUAAAUAUGUAACAUCUUUGUAAGCAAUUUUUUUUGUUUCAAUGGUCUCGAAAGGUGACUGUUCGUUGCCUUAAAAAUGUAAAUAAUUUAUUACGCUUUAUUAUUCCAAUUAGGUAUUGAAAAAAGUUGACGCAUUUAUUGUUAUUGUAUAAUUUUAUAGCGUUAUUGUUUCUUUAUAUUUUACACGAUUUCAUGAAAGUUCGUAAAUACUUAAGAAAUUUAUUUCAUAUAAUAUUGUUUUUAAAUCGAUCGUUAUAAAUAAGUCUAAACGGUUGAUUAAAUCGUUUAGGUAUAUUUGUUUUUGUUUUAAUUUUUAUUUUCUCGAACACGUGUUGUAAUUGUACGUGCAUAUUUUUUGGCUUGAAAUUUUUAUCAAUAAAUUUUCUCACAUUGUA